UAACGGAUUCCCUUUUCGAAGAAGAAUUUUUCUUUUGCGCAACCCUUUCUCUUACGAAGUGGAUCUCUUUGACGACGAUUCUAUCUCGUUCGUUAUAGUAAUUCCUAAUAUUCCCGUCAGUGCCCAAUGGGCGCAGAAUGGUUUCACUGUGGCUGGAGGAAAUGGAGAAGGCAAUGAAACUAAUCAACUCUCUUAUCCAUGGGGUUUGUAUGUUGAUGAUGAUCAAACUGUCUAUGUCGCUGAUCGGGAGAAUGCACGUAUUGUGGAAUGGAAAUGGGGUGCGAUGAGUGGUCAAGUGGUUGCCGGUGGAAAUGGAGAAGGAAGUGGGGGUCAUCAGUUGUCUUACCCAUUAGGUGUGUUUAUCGACAAAGAGAGAGAUAGUCUCAUCAUCUGCGAUGGUUCGAAUAAGAGAGUGGUUCGAUGGCCUCGUCGAAAUGGGAUAAGUGGAGAAACAAUCAUCUCCAACAUCUCUUGUGUAGGUUUGACAAUGGACGAGAAUGGAUCUCUCUAUGUCACUGACGUUGGAAAAGCUGAAGUGAGACGAUAUCGAAGAGGAGAAUCUCAAGGAACAGUGGUUGCAGGUGGCAAUGGGCAUGGAAAUCGUCUUGAUCAACUCUCUUCCCCAUACUAUGUAAUCGUCGAUCGAGAUCAUUCAAUGUACUUCUCUGAUUGGAAUAAUCAUCGUGUGAUGAAAUGGGUGGAAGGUGCAAAGGAAGGCAUUAUCGUGGCUGGCGGUCAAGGACAAGGAGAUGAUCUUACACAAUUGUAUCAUCCUUAUGGAGUGAUUGUCGAUCAAUUGGGCACUGUCUAUGUGGCUGAUGGUCCGAACCAUCGAAUCAUGCGUUGGCCCAAAGGAGCCACACAGGGAAGUGUCAUUGUUGGUGGAAACGGUGAAGGAAGACAGUCGAAUCAACUCAAUUGGCCCGCAGGUUUGUCGUUCGAUCGGCACGGCAAUCUCUAUGUCGCAGAUCUAUUUAAUUAUCGUGUUCAACUCUUUUCUCUGAAUUGA